CAAUGCCGAGCUGGCCGAGAAACGCAGGAUGUGACGAAACCCUAAUCCCCGACCUCGAUUUCCGAUUCACCUCGCUUCUCCUGGGCUCGUCCAAUUCCGCCGGCGGCGACGGCGGCGGAGGCGGCGGCGGCUCCACCUUUCACGAUGCCUGCGACGAUUUUCCGUUCUACGAUCGCCCGACUUCCGACGACUCCGCCGUUCCCCUCGACGAAUCGGAACCGAAGCGGCCCUCCUCGCCGGAGAUUCCCCCCGGCCUCCGGCGCCGGCAUUCGGGUAGGGUCCCCGCCGGAGUAGCGGCCGGGGUCGAAUCGGGCUUCGCCGCCCGUUCCAGAGAGAACAGGUUCAGGCUUUACCGCGAUUUGACGGAAGGGGAAGGUCCUAUCGAGCGAGCGCGCUCGGAUGUGGAGGAGAGCGGCUCGAUUUCGGUUCCGGAUAUUGCUCGGCGUGAUGAGAGCGAGGAUUCCGCCAUAACAACGUCGAACGAUGCUGGAGUCGGCGACAUGGCAGCAGAGUCGAUCGUGACUCCGUCCGAGGUCUGUGAUGGCGUGGGCGAGCGGAAGGAUGGCGCGUCUAUGGUGACCACGGUGGAUGACGAACGAAUCGGCGACUCGGUGCACUCGGCUGACUCGGCGGUUCCGCUUGGUGGAACCACGUCUUCUAGUUUGCUCAUAUCUAUAGCGGGAAUACUAAUUAAGGGAAUUGGAUUCCAAAAUAAAUUUGUUAGUUAGCUUUCUUACAUUUUACGCCUUCGUCUUCGACCCCUAUGCGACAAUGAGGCGUGGCGUGAAGUGUUUGACUGGAAAGAUAUCGAGCGUAUGCAAUUCGGUGUGCGAUAAAAUGAGUCCUUUUGUACGUGAAUGGUUCGAGGACAAUAAGUCAAUUUGGAA